AUGACCUCCCGACACCUCCAGAUAUACGAUGACCUCGGGAAGGACAUCGAGGAGGCUGUGGUGUUGGGCUACAAUGCUUGUGUACUUGCUUAUGGCCAGUCUGGGUCAGGAAAGACCUAUACUAUCUUAGGAACUCAGGACGCCCCAGGUUUGGCCCCCAGGAUGUCAGCAGGACUCCUGGCGCGGCUGCAGGACCGCUACAGACCUGACGACAUAUGUGCCAGUGACUUCUCCCUCACCCUCAGUCUAGUUGAGAUCUACAAUGAGAGAGUGAGGGACCUCCUGGCGCCCACCCCCUGCCCACGGCCGCCCCCUGCGUUCACCCGCCACGCCGUCAGCUCAGCGAAGGAGGCGUGGUCUCUGCUGGCGCGGGGGCAGGCAUGUCGCAGCGCGGCGCCCACACCCUCCCACGCCCACUCCAGCCGAUCCCACGCCCUGUUGACCCUGGAGGUUGUGCAGCCCCACGCCCACACACGCUCCGCUCUCACCCAGGUGGAUCUUGCGGGCAGCUGUGCAUAA